AUUUGGUAUUGAGAUGAGAUGUCAAAAAUAUUCUUAAUAGUGUUUGACUAUAGGAAAAUCAAAUUAAAUUUGACCCAAAUCAAGUAAAAGUGUAUUUAAGCUGGUGAAAUGAUGUGGAUACUACUCGACUCGAAUGGGAAAAAAAGAGACAUUACCAUAAAGAAGGAAAAAAACUGUAAAAAUGGAUAAGGACAAGGGCGAAGUUUAUGGGAGAGCGCACUUGGACGCCACAAUAAUAAUGUCAGAGCCAACAAAACAACAUAUUCAAAAAUUAAGAAUAUUGGUGGUUUCCUUAAAACCACCUUUCUUUUUCACCCUCCGCCAUCCUCCGGUGGUUGCUGACCUCCCACCUACAGCCUCAAAAAACCUCCAUUGGCUCAUCAGGAUUAAGGAGGGAAAACUUGGGGUAUAAAAUGGAAACUAGGUCAGAAAACUUCUCUGUGGAUUUUCUGAUGGGAGGAAUGGCAGCCAUUUUUGCAAAAAGUGCCGCAGCACCAAUUGAGAGAGUAAAACUUUUGUUGCAGAAUCAGGGAGAAUUAAUGAAGAGAGGUCAACUUAAGAGACCUUAUGUAGGAAUUGGUGAUUGCUUUCGAAGAGUUUUGCGGGAGGAGGGGCUUUUGUCAUUAUGGAGGGGAAACCAGGCCAAUGUUAUAAGAUAUUUCCCAACUCAGGCUUCGAACUUUGCUUUCAAAGGUUACUACAAGAACCUCUUUGGAUAUUCAAAAGAGAAAGAUGGAUAUGUCAAGUGGUUUGCGGGCAAUGUGGCUUCCGGUAGUGCUGCUGGAGCAACUACUUCCAUGUUCCUUUAUCAUUUGGACUAUGCAAGGACUCGGCUGGCAAUGGAUGCUCACGAUUGUCCAGUUCAUGGUAAACGUCAGUUUAAGGGGCUAACAGAUGUUUACGCUAAGACAUUAUCUAGUGAUGGAAUUGUUGGCCUCUAUCGGGGUUUUGGGGCCUCAAUUAUGGGAAUAACACUGUACCGAGGCAUGUAUUUUGGGAUCUACGACUCCAUGAAGCCAAUUGUUUUAGUUGGACCCUUACAGGACAAUUUUCCUGCCAGUUUCAUGUUGGGUUGGAGCAUAACCACUUUCUCUGGGGUGUGUGCCUAUCCAUUUGACACAGUCCGCAGAAGAAUGAUGCUAACUUCAGGGCACGAAACAAAGUAUAGGAAUUCCUUGCAUGCACUCCGUGAAAUUAUACGCGUUGAAGGUUUUGCUGCACUUUUCAGAGGAGUCAGUGCAAACAUGCUGUAUGGUGUAGCAGGGGCUGGAGUACUUGCAGGGUAUGACAAAUUACACCAAAUUGUCUAUAGACCUGCUUAUAGUUUUGAGUCUCAGAGAGCCUUCAACAAAUAAGAGCUUUCCAUGAAUACUGUAUAGGUAUACAACCUUAUAUUUGAUACAUACGGAGGGAGUUGUAACAUAAGCAGAGGCGUGCAAGAGUUCAUUUCACCAACAGUUGUGAACAAAAAAGGAGAACAACUACAUGCUGAGUGCUUGCGCACAAAUGUUUUAGCUCCAUAAAAAUGAAGAGUCCAUCACUUGUGCUACCGUAGACUACUUGCGUAGAUGCUAUGGAUCAUUUGAACAGAAUAAUGAAGUGCUCAGUGGCAUACAAAACUGCAUCGCGAAGGAGACUUGGUUGCAUCAGACAAUUGUCUCUCCCCUCUUUAAAUUCUUUAUUUGGAAGCUUGCAAGAGUUUCCCUGUACUAAUACAAGAGAAAACAAGGCAGAAGAAAUGUAACAAGGGUCUCCAUCCUGUAUUUUCUGUACAGUCCAUUCACUUAAUUUUCUUUUUUUUUUUUUUUUACGCCCGAUUCCUGGUGGAAUUAACCAAUGAUACUGUAGGUGUUCUGUGUCUUUAGACAAAUAUGGUGAAAGUGCAAAUAGUAGAUCAAUUCAACUGUAUAUAAAUGCAUUGAUUUUAUUGGUAUGAUAUGAUUGUUAUUUGGU